AUGGCGCGCACCCACUGGCUGCCUGCGCACGAGAUAACACGAGCACUCCAAGAGAUGAUGCAAGCCCUCCAGUCACCCACAGGCGAGAUGACGUGCACCUGCCAGCUGCCCACGCUGGGGGAUGACACGCACCCACCCCCGCCGGCUGCCCAUGCACAAAAUGAUGCACACCUGCCGAGAGAGGACGCAUGCCCGCCGGUCGCCCGUGUGCAAGAUAACGCACCUGCCAGCUGCACUGGGGGAUGGGGCCUGCCAGCUGCCCGCGCACGAGAUGAUACGUGCCCGCCGGUGGGAGAUGACACGCGGAAGAUGGCGAGCACCUGCCAGCCACCUGCGCUGGGGGAUGGUGUGCACCUGCCAGCUGCCCACAGGGAAGAAACAACGUGCACCCCGCCACCCGUGGGCAGGAUGUGUGCCCCACCACCUGCAGUGGAGGCGGAGGAGGUAGAGGAGGCGGAGACGACUGAGAGGAAGGUGCAGGCGGCGGGGAAGGUGGACGCCACUGAGAAGGUAGAAACAACGGAGGAUCCGGGCCACCGGGUUGAGCUCAAACUGGAGCCAGCACCCGAACCGGUCCGGGAGGCGGAGCAGGAGCUGAAGGGGAAGCAGGACCUGGAGGAUGAGAACCCAGCGCAGAGAGGCGGUGGCGGCAGCGGCGACGAGGUUCUUCCCCUCACCCUCCCUUCCGACCCGCCGCGGGCCCCCGAUCCUUCCGCGCGUCGCAGUCGUGCUCCCCGACGCCGUUCCCGACCCCGACCCCAGACCCGGCUCCGUACCCCUCCGCAGUCUAGGCCACGGCCCCCACCCCGGCCUCGGCGCGGCCCUGGGGGUGGAUGCCUGGAGGUGGAUUUUGCCGUGGGUCCACCAAGCUGUUGCCACGUGAACAACUUUAAGGUGGGAGAAAACUGGAGGCAGGAACUGCGGUUGAUCUACCAGUGCUUCGUGUGGUGUGGAACCCCAGAGACCAGGAAAAGCAAAGCAAAGUCGUGCAUUUGCCAUGUGUGUGGCACCCAUUUGAACAGACUCCACUCUUGCCUUUCAUGUGUCUUCUUUGGCUGCUUUACGGAGAAGCACAUUCAUGAGCACGCUGAGACAAAACAACACAACUUAGCUGUAGACCUUUACUAUGGGGGUAUAUAUUGCUUUAUGUGUAAGGAUUAUAUAUAUGAUAAAGACAUUGAGCAAAUUGCCAAAGAAGAGCAAAGAGAAGCUUUGAAAUUACAAGCCUCCACCUCAACAGAUGUUUCUCACCAGCAGUGUUCAAAACCAUUUCUUGGUGAGAAAUAUCUGACCUGGGAAACAAACAAGCCAGAUUUAGAGAUGCUGGGACACAACCCUCGGAGAAGAAGAAUCACCUCAAGCUUUACUAUUGGUUUAAGAGGACUCAUCAAUCUUGGCAACACAUGCUUUAUGAACUGCAUUGUCCAGGCACUUACUCACACUCCAAUCCUGAGAGAUUUCUUUCUCUCUGACAGGCACAGAUGUGAAAUGCCAAGUCCUGAGUUGUGUCUGGUCUGUGAGAUGUCUUCACUUUUUCGAGAGUUGUAUUCCGGAAACCCAUCUCCUCAUGUUCCCUAUAAGUUACUGCACCUGGUAUGGAUACAUGCACGCCAUUUAGCAGGAUAUAGGCAACAGGAUGCCCAUGAGUUCCUUAUUGCAGCAUUAGAUGUGCUGCACAGGCAUUGCAAAGGUGAUGAUGUUGGGAAGGCAGCCAGUAACCCCAACCAUUGUAAUUGCAUCAUAGACCAAAUCUUCACAGGUGGACUGCAAUCUGAUGUCACUUGCCAAGCCUGUCAUGGUGUCUCCACCACAAUAGACCCAUAUUGGGACAUCAGUUUGGACUUGCCUGGCUCUUGCACCUCCUUCUGGCCCAUGAAUCCAGGCAAGGAGAGCAAUAUGAAUGGAGAAAGCCACAUACCAGGAGUCACCACACUCAUGGACUGCCUGCGAAGAUUUACAAGGCCAGAACACUUGGGAAGCAGUGCCAAAAUCAAGUGUGGUAGUUGCCAAAGCUACCAAGAAUCUACCAAACAGCUCACAAUGAAUAAAUUACCUAUUGUUGCCUGUUUUCAUUUCAAACGAUUUGAACACUCAGCCAAACAGAGACGCAAGAUUACGACAUAUAUUUCCUUUCCUCUGGAGCUUGAUAUGACACCAUUUAUGGCCUCAAGUAAAGAGAACAAAAUGAAUGGACAGCUGCAGCUGCCAACUAAUAGUGGAAACAAUGAGAACAAAUAUUCCUUGUUUGCUGUAGUUAAUCACCAAGGAACCCUGGAGAGUGGCCACUAUACCAGCUAUAUCCGGCACCACAAAGACCAAUGGUUCAAAUGUGAUGAUGCUGUAAUCACCAAGGCCAGCAUUAAGGAUGUACUGGACAGUGAAGGGUAUUUACUUUUUUAUCACAAAGAUGUCCUGGAAUAUGAGUUGGAAAAAGGGAAAGAAAGACAUACUCAAGCCUACUGA